AUGCCUGAGAAAGAUUGUGCGGAGCCCAUCGCCAUCGUUGGAAGUGCCUGCCGAUUCCCCGGAGGUGCGUCUUCCCAUGCUGCACUGGCUGCACUGCUCAAGGACCCCCCCGACGUUGCCGUUGACAUCCCCCCAGAGCGGUUUGAUUUGACGGCAUACUAUCAUCCUGAUGGCAAUCAUCAUGGCUCAACAAAUGUACGGCAGAGCUAUCUUCUCGACACACAAGAUCUUCGUCGCUUCGACUCCAUGUUCUUCAACAUCAGCCCCAACGAAGCAGACUCGAUGGAUCCCCAGCAGCGCCUCCUGCUGGAGACUGUGUACGAAGCGCUCGAAUCUGGUGGCCAUCGAAUGGAGGAUCUUCGCGGAUCCGAUACGGCCGUCUAUACCGGAACUAUGAGCGCCGACUAUGUCGAUACCAUUAUGCGGGAUGCUACCGCUGUUCCAACAUACGCCGCGACCGGCACUAACCGAGCCAUCAUCUCCAACCGCGUCUCUUACGUCUUCGACUGGCAUGGCCCGAGCAUGACCAUCGACACGGCCUGUUCAUCCAGCUUGAUUGCUAUUCACUUGGCCGUCAGAACCCUGCGUGCUGGUGAGUCGAGGGUGGCGCUGGGCUGCGGCACGCAAAUCAUUCUGAACCCGGAGCAAUUCAUCCUCGAGAGCAAACUGAACAUGCUUUCGCCCAACGGCCGCUCUCGUAUGUGGGAUGCCGACGCCGACGGCUAUGCCCGCGGCGAAGGUGUCGCGGCAGUAGUUCUGAAGCGCUUGAGCGACGCCAUUGCUGAUGGUGACCACAUCCAAUGCAUCAUCCGGGAGACCGGCACCAACCAGGACGGCCACUCUACCGGAAUCACGGUUCCUAGCUCUGAGGCUCAGGCCGCUCUCAUCCGCGACACGUACAAGAGAGCCGGACUCCAUCCCGAAACGAACGCUGAUGAUCGCCCUCAAUUUUUCGAGGCUCAUGGCACCGGCACCAAGGCAGGUGAUCCAAAAGAGGCGGCCGCGAUUCACGAAGUUUUCGGCUCCAAGACACAGGACGACGCAGAGCCGCUAUAUGUCGGAUCCAUCAAAACCGUUAUUGGUCAUCUGGAGGGCAGCGCUGGUAUCGCAGGCGUACUCAAGGCCUCCGCCAUGGUUCAGCACGGUGACAUCUAUCCGAACCUCUUGUUGAACCGAUUGAAUCCUGAUAUCGCUCCGUUCUACAAGGGCGUGGAGAUUCCAAAGCAAUGUCGUUCAUGGCCAAAGCUUCCAGACGGUAUCCCUAGACGCGUCAGCAUCAACAGUUUUGGAUUCGGCGGCAGCAACGCCCACGCAAUUAUCGAGCAGUGGCGAGGGACUUCAUGUGACAAGGAAACGGCUGAUUCGGAUAAAGACCUCCAGGCUUACUCAACCUAUCUCGAAAGGGAUUUAGGAACAAAGAUUGGAAACUUGGCGUGGACCUUACAGGCACGAAAGUCUGAGUUGAGCCACAGAAUAACGUUUUCCGCUUCGUCAAUUUCGCAACUCAAGUCCAAGAUUGACGCGAAGCUGCAGGAGGCUACUAACAACCAGGCCCCGAAUGUCGGCACCAAAAUCAGGGUAGGACAAUCGGCGCCCAAAAUCAUGGCAAUCUUUACCGGACAAGGCGCACAGUGGCCUUCCAUGGGAGCGCAGCUUCUUAAAUCCUCAGAGUUUGUGCGCGGGCGAAUGCAGGAACUGGAAGAGUCUCUCACUACCCUACACCUCGACGAGAGGCCUUCAUGGAGUCUUGUCGAGCAGAUCCUUGCCGAAGGCGAAGCUUCACGGUUGUCCUCGGCAGAGAUAGCGCAGCCUCUGUGCACGGCAAUUCAGAUCAUCUUGGUUGAUCUCCUACUCGUUGCUGGCGUACAAGUCCAAGUCGUUGUCGGUCACUCCUCAGGCGAGAUCGCCGCGGCCUACACUGCCGGCUUCAUAUCUGCACAGGAUGCGAUCCGGAUCGCCUACUAUCGGGGUCGAGUCCUGCAGAGCGCCCGUAAAGGGGCGAUGAUGGCGGCCGCCAUGUCUUGGGAGGAGGCCAAUGAGCUCACGCAACUUCCAGUCCUCCAUGGUCGGGUAGCUAUCGCGGCGCACAACUCUUCGGCCAGCGUGACGCUGUCCGGAGACAUGGAUGGCAUCGCCCAGGCAAAAGAGAUGCUUGACGCAGAGAAGAAAUUUGCCAGGCUGCUGAGAGUCGACAAGGCGUACCAUUCUCACCACAUGGUGCCCUGUGGUGAAGCUUACGUCAACGCGCUUCGUUCCUGUGUCGACUGGCCUGGUGAUCGUUCAGACGACUCUUGCGUAUGGUUCUCUAGCGUCAAGCCUGGUUCGUCUCCUAUGAGCGGUGACGAAACUCUGCAAGCAGAAUACUGGAGAGACAACAUGACCAGCCCAGUCCUGUUUGCCGAGGCCGUGCGGAACGCCAUCGCGUAUGAUAACGAGAUUGGCGUCAUCCUUGAGAUUGGACCUCACCCAGCGCUCAAGGGCCCGGCCAUUCAGAAUAUUACCGAGGUUCGUCCCACGGCGCCGCCAUAUUCCGGAACACUUACGCGAGGGGCAAGCGAUGUCGAGUCCCUGUCCGACACACUUGGCUUCCUGUGGACGCAUCUCGGCUCUCGUGUACUCGAUUUCAAGGCCUAUGGUCAGCUGUUCUCUCCGCCAAACGGCAGUCCUCGUCUCGUAGUCGGCCUUCCAACCUGUCAGUGGGAUCACGGCCGUGAGCACUGGAGCGAGUCCCGUCGCUCUCGACGACUGAACAACCGCAGGCGAGCGACCCACGAGCUAUUGGGCGUCCUCGCCCCGGAGUCGACCGCGCAAGAGAUGCGCUGGGCAAACGUUCUGAAGCAGUCCGAGAUCCCCUGGCUGGAAGGCCACAAGAUCCAGGGCCAAGCGGUGUUUCCUGCUGCCGGAUACGUUGCCAUGGCUCUCGAGGCCUCCAAGGAGCUCGUGCCCUCCAAUGUACCCAUCCAAGGCUUUGAGCUUUCCGAUUUGUCCAUCCAAAAGGCCAUUGCUUUUGAAGAACUGCAAGACUCCGCAGUCGAGACUCUCGUAACGCUCACGAAGAUCAACAAGAACAACUCUGGGGCCGAAGCGUUCUUCUCCUGCUAUGCCCUGAGCAUGGACAAGGCCAACAGCGAAGCCGAAUUGGAGCGAAUCGCAAGCUGCGCCGUGACGGUCUCGCUCAAGACAACCCAGAACGAGAGAUUGAGUGUGGCUUCCGAGAAUGACUAUCGAAUGUCGGAAGUUGACUCUGAGCGGUUCUACACGCACCUGGCCGAGUUGGGAUACAACUACUCUGGCCCUUUCAGGACAGUGAGGGGGAUGCGUCGUAAGUACCAUGCUGCAAUGGGUCUCAUCCCACGCAUUCCGUUCAUCGAUGAGCCAGCAUUGAGCUACGUGGUGCACCCCUCCCUGCUUGACAUGGCCUUCCAGCUCGUCAUGCUUGCCUUUGCGGCUCCAGGCGACGGCGGGCUGUGGGCGCUUCAUCUCCCAACCUCGAUUCAAAGAAUCCGCGUGGAUGCCGAACUGUGCUACAUGGCACCAGAUGAAAACCUGAUUCUCCUUGCAGAAGCGACGACCGACGGAGGCUCCACGUCAAUCUCCUCUCAUGCCGAUCUCAUGAGCCAGGAUAGGCAAAACUGUUGGAUACGGGUUGAGAACGUCAUCAUCAAACCCUUUGCCCCGGCGACAGAGCUGGAUGAUAGAGUCAUGUUUACUUCCACAAAACUUGGAGUCGCAGAGCCUGAUGCACACUCCAUCGUACAGGGCGUCAAGCCGUCUUGUGCUGAGGUUGAAAUCGCCAUCGCUUGCGAGAGGAUCGCGUAUUUUUAUCAUCGCAAGUGGCAGUCAGAGGGCUCUGACGCCGAUUGGGACAGCAGCCCUUCUUCUCAUCCCUUACGAGCUUGGGCCAAUGACACAGUUUCCCGGGCAUCGACGGGAAAUCACCCAAUCCUGAAGAGGGAGUGGUCAAAUGACAGCGAGCAAUAUAUCAAGGCCCUUGCUUCCAAACAUUGGGACUAUGUCGACGUCCGCAUCUUGACUGCGGUAGGGGAGAACCUGAAAGCUGCCAUUCGAGGCGAGAUAACCAUCGUAGAGGAUAUGGCUGCCGGAGACAUGCUCGAUGAAUACAAUCGCAACUGUAUCGGUAUGGCCACCCAUGGCCCUCUGCUAGCCAAGCUUGCAAAACAAAUCAGUUUUCGAUAUCCGCGGACCAAGUUUGUAGAGAUUGGCGCUGGUACUGGAAGCUGUACCAAGCCGGUCGUCUUGGCUGUUCAUGAAACCAUGUCGUCGUAUACCUACACACACAUCUCCAACCUCCAUCUUGACCAGGCUGCAGAGACAUUUUCCAAGUUCAGCGACAAAAUGGCUUUCAAGGUCUUGGAUAUUAGGAAGUCACCAGAGCCGCAAGGGUUCCAGCCACAGUCGUACGAUGUUGCCAUCGCCGUCAACCUGCUGCAUGCAACAGCAUCGCUGGGGGAGUCGCUCAAGCAUGUCCGGCAACUAUUGAGGCCAGGCGGGUACCUCUUACUCUUUGAAACGACCAAAAAUGACUCCAUACGGCAUUCGACUAUCAUGGCUGGCCUCCAUAGCUGGUGGAUUGGCACAGAAGAUGGUCGUUUUCUUCAGCCAGCUGUGCCGACCGAAACUUGGCAUGCCGUCUUGGGCAACUCUGGAUUCAGCGGCGUGGAUACGAAAACACCGGAAAUCGAUAGCGUGACUUGGCCGUUCUCUAUUCUUGUUUCGCAGGCGGUUGACGAGCGCAUCCAGAUGCUUCGACAGCCCCUCUCUACCUCCUCCUGGUCAAUGCUGUCCACCCCUUCGCUUCGCAUACAAAGCCUCGUGGUUGCCGGAGCAGGCACCAAAGCGACACUGAAAAUAUCUGAUGAGUUGGUGGAGCACCUCUCUAGCUUCUGCGACGAUAUCACAGUCCUAAAGGGCCUGCCAACGGACGAGGACGCCCUCGAGUUGAACCCUUUGAGUUGCUUUAUCAACCUAGUUGAUCUUGAGUCACCCAUCUUCAAGGACAUGACGUCAGAAAGGAUGCGAGGCCUCCAGAACAUGUAUGACUGUGCUAAAAAUGUACUCUGGGUUACUGAGGGCGCACUUGAUCGCGAGCCGUACCAUAUGAGCAGCAUCGCGUUCACUCGCACCAUUCGACGAGAGGCAGAGCACAUUGGUGUCACUCAGCUCGACACGACGGAUAAGAGCGAGCCAAAUCUCUCGAUAUACAUUGCGGAGCAUCUUGUCCGGUUCUGGGUGCUUGGCGAAUGGGCAACUUACCAUGAUGACGCCGACAGCCAGCAGCCACUUUGGUCUAACGAGCCUGAAAUGUUCCUUGAAGGGGCCAGGCUCAUGGUGCCGCGCUUGUUACCCGAAUCUAACCAAAACAACCGCAUCAAUGCAUCACGCCGCGUCCUUAGGAAACAACUUCUCGUCAGUUCAAGCAACAAUCUCGCUCUGGAGUACGACUCGACAGCAUUACUUUACGAUCUUGUCGAAUCUCCCAUCAUCAGACAAAAGCAGCGUAUCUGCGCAGACGAUAGAAUUAUUAAUGUCAGACACUCAACUCUGAUGGCCCUACAUGUCGUGACAGAUACUUUUCUCUUCCUAGUCUCCGGCGUCGACAGCCAUUCAGGCGACUCUGUGAUCGGAUUCUCGGCUACCAACUCACUCUAUACAGCUCCGGUCGCCUCUAUCAGGCUACCGUCUCAAGCAAGGAUUGGCGUGCCAACGGAUGUUCUCAUCAAGAACGUUGUGAGCCAGGUGAUAGCCUCCUCCAUCAUAGAUUCGGUCAUCCCAGGAGCGCGGAUAUUGGUCAGCUGCUCCAGUGACGAAGCCGUCUUCAUUCAAGUUCUGUGUGAAAGACUUGCGAACAGCGGUUCAAGCAUUAUACUAAUUGCAAACGACCAAGCCGUCAAGUGUCAAGUCCAGAAUGUGACGCUCAUCGAACUCACUCGUCAGAUGUCCCAACAUGUCAUACGACGAUCCCUUCAAUUGGCUCAGCCUACUCACUUCCUGGACAUGUCCGAUGUUGGUCAGGAAAGGGAGACCGGAAAAGACCGGGACCUUGGCCGUUGUAUCGUCAAGAAUCUGCCCGCCGGGUGCAGACUACUUCGCCCCGAUGCAUUUUUCCAGCGACAGUCCCGGCAGGUGGCGCUUGGAAGCAAGCUGGAACUCACUUCCCGGCUCGAAAAUGGUGUUCUGCGGGCGCACCUAGGAGCGAACAGCUCCAUGACAAAUCGCGCAACGAUAGCGGCUAUCUCACUCCAGGAUGUUCGCAAGAGAAACCUCCCAGUCCAUGCAACGAGCCUGGUCGACUGGGCAGCCGAUACACCGGUUGAAGCAACCAUCCGCCCGGUGGACACCAGCUUGAUGUUUUCGGGCGACAAGACGUACAUACUCGUUGGGCUCAGUGGAGAGCUUGGUCAGUCUCUUUGCGAGUUCAUGGUCGCGCACGGCGCAGGGUGCGUGUGCCUAACCAGUCGCCGACCUAAGGUUGACGAGAGAUGGCUGUCUUCAUUUCAGCAGACUGGCGCAAAGGUGAAGAUUUUGAGCAUGGAUGUGACGGACAGAGUUGCCGUGGAAAAAGUCAUACAAGACAUCCGAGCCAGCUGCCCUCCCAUCGCUGGUGUCGCGCACGGAGCUAUGGUAUUGUCGGAUGUAUUCUUCUCCCAGAUGACAAUGGAUCAGAUGAAGGCAGUGUUGGAGCCCAAGAUCCUCGGAGCAGUUAAUCUCGACGAUGUUUUUGGCCAAGAUGGGCUGGAUUUCUUCGUGCUCUUCUCCUCUGUCGUGGCCAUAGCGGGCAACCAAGGCCAGUCGAACUAUUCUGCUGCAAACGCAUACCUGGGAAGUCUAGCCAGGCAAAGGCGAAGGCGUGGUCUCUCAGCCUCAGUUUUUGACAUUGGUCGAGUCGGAGGGCUGGGGUACUUCGAGAGCCAAAGCCAAGAGUUGCAGCGCCAGAUUAUCCGCACUGGGCUGCCUCCCGUGCCGGAAUCUGAUCUCCAUAAAGCUUUCGCUGAGACCAUACUGGUGGGCUAUAGUCGACCCGAGGACCAGCUAGGCUUGCCAGAGGUCGCGGUGACGGUUGGCAUUCGGUGCUUCACGAAAGGCGAAAACCUCACAGGCCACUGGUUCACCAAUCCCCUGUAUUCUCACCUGAUAAUGGAGCCGACCGCCACCGAGGGCCACAGUUCAUCUGGUACUGGUCAAAUCUCGUCAAAGGGAAUGAUGCGCGCUGGAAAACGGGUGUUGGAGGCAAGGAGCCCAGAAGAAGCCGCCGCAGCACUUCAAGAGAGUUUCGCGUUCAAGCUGCAGGCAGUCUUGCAGAUGUCCGAUCGACACCUGGACCCUCAUUCGCCUCUGGUCGAGCUUGGCAUCGACUCCCUUGUGGCUGUGGAGAUUCGAUCUUGGUUUCUCAAAGAGCUCAAGUUGGACAUUCCGGUUCUCAAGAUUAUCGGUGGUGCCUCUCUUCUCGAUGUUUGCAACUUCGCCUUAGACAAGCUGUCGAAGGCUUUUAUUACCAACGUCAACGACGGGGAAGCGAGCGCAAAAAUCACGACGCCUGUAAGCGAGCCGGCGCCGCCAGCUACCCCGGUCUCGCCAAAGGACGAUACAGACCUUUCUUCGUCGGCGCCGCCGACAGAAAACGGCGAUUCGUUUCCGCGAAGUCCGAGUCCCGGUUUGUCUUCGAGCCGAGAGUGUGCUGAGGAUCAUGAAAUCUCCCGGCUCGGUGCUGCACACGACAUCCCAGAUUGUGCUGACAAAGCAGCGGAGCAGGAGGAGGAAGAGCCCAUCAUCCAGAUACAACCAACUUUGCCAAACAGGAAAAUCAUCAAAAAGGUUCCCAUUUCGUUUGCGCAGUCAGGAUAUUGGUUCCUUCAAAGUCUUGUCGAUCCGCAAUCGUCCAAUGUUUCCCUCUGCUAUCGCGUGGACGGCGAGGUACGCGCCAAUGACUUGAACAAGGCACUGAGGAUUGUCUGCGCCCGACACGAGGCUUUGCGCACCACUUUCGUCCAGAGCGAUGACGCCGCCAUUCCCGCCCAACAAUGCGUCCUGGCCAGGUCGCCGGUGAGGCUGAAGUGCGAAAGCAUCAGCAGCGCGCUUCAAGCUUCACAACGUUUCCAUGAGCUUAAGAAUCAAGCGUUCGACUUGAGCAGCGGCGAGCUGCUCCAGGUACUCCUCCUCACCCUCACGCCGACCUCCCACUUCCUCAUCGUGCACUAUCACCACAUCCUCAUGGAUGGCGUCAGCCUCCAGGUCUUCCUGUCCGAGUUGGAGAGUGCCUAUCAGAACCAAGACUUGGGGCCGGCACCGCAACAAUAUCCAGACUUUUCCGUAGCGCAGCGACAAGCCGUCGAGCAAGGCGCCUUGGUCAAAGAGCUGCGAUACUGGCGAGGAAUUUUCCCAGACGGCACCCAGCCACCUAUCCUGCCCCUGCUGCCGAUCGCACAAAGAAGCACACGCGAGAGCAGAACUGAAUUCGACAAUCAUGAAGUACUUCAGAUACUGUCACCACAGCUCUCGGAGAAGAUUCGGCUCGUGUCACAAUCCCAACACGCGACACCGUUCAACUUUUACCUUGCCGCCUUUCGGGUCUUGUUAUUUCGAUUCACCGAAGCAGAAAGUCUUGUCAUUGGAAUGAGCGACGCCGCCCGCAAUCACAGCGACCUCUCAAACAGCAUCGGCUUCUUUCUCAACCUCCUUGCCUUGAAAUUCGAGUCCCGUCCAAGCCAAGCCUUCAAAGAUGCCAUUGUCGAGGCUCGAACGACGUCGCAUGCGGCUUUGGAGCAAUCCCGCCUUCCCUUUAACGUUGUCUUGUCGGCCCUUGGUCUAGACCGCUCGUCGGCUCACAGCCCAUUGUUCCAAGCCUUCAUCGAUUACCGCCAAAAGAACCCGAGGAAACAAGGAUGGGGCGGCUGUCAGCUUUCAGUGGAACACUGGCAUGUGAGCAAUGCAGCGUAUGACUUGGUUGUUGAUGUGACAGAUGACCCAGACGGUGCAGUUGUAAUGCUGAGAGCGCAGAAGUUUCUCUACGACGCUGCCGCCACGGAGCUACUACUUGAGGCCUAUAUCCAUCUGCUGCAAGCAUUCGCCUCGGACCCCGAUGCUUGCGUGAAUGAGCCUUCUCUAUUCACCGAACAAAGUAAAAACUUGAGCUUGCAGGCCGGGCGCGGACCAAUGAUGACGUCUACGUGGCCAGAGACUUUGGUUCACCGCAUCGAUCAGAUCGCCCUCGACUAUCCCGAAAAGGUUGCCGUCAUGGACGACUUUGGAGCCUUGCUUUCAUACUCGGCAAUGAUGCAACGCGUUGAAGCGCUUUGCGUCGCGCUAACAGCCGCUGAUGUCGGCGCCGGCGACCACGUUCUCGUGUUCCAGCAAGCAAGCGUAGACUGGAUAUGCUGCAUGCUCGCUAUUAUGCGAACCGGUGCAGUAUACGUGCCGACAGAUACUCGCCACCCUGUCUCGCGCCUCUCAGCUCUGGCCAACGACUGUACGCCAAAGGCGAUCAUGACAGACUCCUCUACAGCUAGCGACGUACUCCGCCUCGGAGUUACUCAGGCCCAGCAUGUUAAUAUUUCCGCCGUAUCCGUCAGGCCAAGUGCGCCGUAUCUUGGCGGCAACCGUGCUCGUCCUGAAGCUGCUGCUGCCAUUCUGUAUACUAGUGGCUCAACUGGCAAGCCGAAGGGUAUUCUACUCUCGCACGGCGGCCUCCGAAAUCAGGUUGAGGUCGCCAUGAAGACUUGCGGACUCGGUGCUGAGCGUGUUCUGCAUCAGAGUGCGUUUACGUUUGACCACAGUCUUGAUCAAACAUUCAUCGGACUUUGCGACGGCGGCUCGGUCUACGUGGCGUCAGACCAAGCGAAAACGAACCCGAUAGCGUUGACCGACAUUAUUCAACAGCACGGCAUUACCUACACCAUGGCUACGCCCUCUGAGUAUCUCUCAUGGCUAAAGUAUGGCAGAGAGAGUCUUCGCCGAGCAAGUGAAUGGUCCUAUGCAUUCUCAGGAGGUGAGAUGUUGACCAAUACUAUCAUUCAGGGCCUCCAGCAUCUCAACCAUGACAACCUUCGCUUCUUCAACAGCUAUGGUCCUGCUGAAACGCACAUUUCAGCAUGCAAAGGCGAAAUCAACUACAAGGAAACGCUGACGGAAAACAACCCUGUUCGUAUUAGCUGCGGGUACACCUUGCCCAAUUACUACAUCUUCAUCGUUGAUGAUCAACUGCGGCCGCAGCCGCUUGGGGUACCGGGAGAGCUGUGCAUCGGCGGCGCGAGUGUCGGGAUCGGAUACUUGAACAAUCGCGAGCUUACUGAUAGCCAAUUCCUACCAAACCCCUUUGCGUUGGCACCCGAUAUCGCCCAAGGCUGGACGCGCAUGUACCGAACAGGCGACGUUGCUCACAUGAAUGUGGACGGCGAGAUGGUUGUUAGGGGGCGCAUGGCAGGAGAUACGCAAGUCAAAAUUCGCGGCAUGCGCGUGGACCUGGCUGACAUUGAGAGCAGCAUGAUGGCGGCUGCAGAUGGUGUACUGAAAGCGAUUGUCGUGACCCUUCGGAGGGAGAAUGAUGCCCAGUUUCUCGUGGCACAUGUUGUCUUCCAACCAACACGACCAGUCGAUGAAAGAGACAGCUUCCUGUCGAAUCUCCUGAAACGGCUUCCACUUCCACAGUACAUGGUACCCGUGGCGGCUAUUCCGAUGGAUGAGCUGCCCCUCACCAGCCACGGCAAGCUGGACCGCAAGGCCGUCAUGGCCAUCGCGCUUCCAUCCCACAGUGGUAGGUCGGACUCUCUCCCGGAAUCGGAGCUUACAGAGACAAUGAUACGGCUCCGUGGCCUGUGGAGAGAUCUGAUUGGGGUCAAGAUUGUCAAUCUGGGUUCAGGGAUCGGUCCUUCGACCAGCUUCUUCCAUGUCGGGGGCAACUCGCUCCUAAUCAUUGCCUUGAUGUCCCGGGUCCGCGCUGAGUUUGGUGUUGCGCUUUCGCUGGUCGAGCUGCUCAAUGCCGGCAGUCUGCAGGAGAUGGCCGAUGCCGUCGACACCGCUGCCACAGCCACAGCCAUUGAUUGGAACAAGGAGACGGCCCCUCCAGAUAUCCCCUCAUUCCUGUCGGACAUAGACUCCUCGGACGAAAGCAGUAGCUGUCGUGCUGGAAAGAUAAUUAUCGUGACAGGCGGCACAGGCUUCCUUGGCCGUCACCUUGUCCAAGCGUUAGCCGAGAACUCCAGAGUUGCAAGGGUACAUUGUGUUGCGGUGCGGGAGCGCCCCCAAGACGAAACACAGGAUCUGGUCCCCUAUGACAAGAUUGAGUACCAUCCAGGAGACCUAACCGCACCGUUGCUAGGUCUAGACCAGAACACAUUCCGUACGCUCGCCAGUGAAGCGGACGCCAUCCUUCAUCUCGGCGCUUCCCGCUCCAUGUGGGAUAGCUACCAUGUCCUGCGCGCCACCAAUGUCCUCUCAACACGAGAGCUUAUCAAAAUGGCUUCUCCGCGGCGCACCCCCAUCCACUUUGUCUCGACAAUCGCCGCUUCGGCCACCGGCGACACCAGCCUUGCCGAGCCGUCGCCCACACCAUCUUCCUACAGCGCGGACGGCUAUGUCUCGACCAAGUGGGCAAGCGAACGUCUUUUGCAGCGCGCCUGGGACGAGCUCAGCGUCCCGUCUAUGACGUACCGGUUCCUGCCGGGAAGGAGCCAGGCGGCCGCACCUCCGUCGCUUCUCAACGAAAUCGUCCGGUUCGCGAACGUAGCGCGAGCAGUGCCGGACGCCGCUACUUGGACAGGACUGCUGUACCUGACGCCUGUCGCGACGGUUUCGUAUAUGAUGCAGGAUGCCAUUCUGUCAGAUGUGACUCAUUGGAGUGCCACAGUGAUGCAUCAUGAAUGCGAUGUUACACUCCCUGGGGAUGAGAUUUUGGCACUUGUCGGCCCUGGAAGUGCACAAGACGGGUGGGAAACGGUGCCGAUACUGAAGUGGAUUGGCAUGUUGAAAAAGUCCGAGUUUUCUUAUUUUCUCGCGGCGCACAGUGCUUCUGUUGGAGAGGGCUUGGCGACGAACAGAUGA